UGUUUACUCCGUUGCCAACUUCAUUCAGGACAUUUGCAACCCUCAGAAUGUCAAAAGUAAAUAAAAAGAAUAUUUUGUGAAAUAAUUAAAAUUUAAAACCGUAAUUACACAUUUUGCUAAUAUUUACCUACUUGCACCUAUUGUGUUAUUGUUUACUAUUUUCACAUUAUAAGUGUUAUUUAAUAGUGUCGUAUACAAAUCUUAUUGGAAAAUUUCGCGAAUGAGAUCAUUUUACUGUGUAAAAAACAUUUUUCUUCUUGGGAAAGUUAUAUCCUUCUACAUUUUCCAGUACAAGGCUUCCUACUGAAAUAUCAUUUGGUGUUCAUUUAAUAUUAAGUGGAUACUAGAGGUGCGAAUUUGCCAGGGCGUAACCACUGCUGAGGCCGAUUGUAGGCUGUGUUUAAAAUGAUAUUUAUUAAUAUUUUCUGAAACAUAACGAACAGUGUUUGUGUGAAAAAUGGCUGAGGACGAAGUGCUUUUCGACGAUGUGUACGAAUUGUGUGAGAUCAUUGGCAAGGGACCAUUCAGUCUGGUCCGGCGCUGUGUCCAUCGACAAACAAGCCAGCAGUUUGCUGUGAAGAUUGUUGAUGUGGCUCGCUUCACAGCUAGCCCUGGUCUUAGCACAGCUGAUUUGAAACGAGAGGCAACAAUAUGCCAUAUGUUGAAGCACCCGCAUAUUGUGGAGCUGCUAGAGACAUACAGCUCCGAAGGAAUGCUAUACAUGGUGUUUGAAUACAUGGAUGGUUCGGAUCUCUGCUUCGAAGUGGUACGCAGAGCCACUGCUGGAUUUGUCUACAGUGAAGCUGUUGCAUGUCAUUACAUGCGUCAGAUACUGGAAGCUCUUCGUUAUUGCCAUGAGAACGAUAUUGUGCAUCGUGACGUCAGACCUCACUGCGUCUUACUAGCUGGUCGUGACAACUGUGCUCCCGUCAAACUUGGAGGGUUCGGUGUAGCUGCUCAACUGCCUACCCCCACUGCUAAUCGAGUUCAACCCGGUCGCAUUGGUACACCUCAUUAUAUGGCUCCUGAGGUAGUUUCAACUCAGCUUUACGGCAAACCAGUUGAUGUAUGGGCCGCUGGCAUAUUGUUGCAUGUUCUACUGGUCGGUUACUUACCCUUUACUGGGACAAGAGAGCGACUGUUCGAAUCUAUUUGCCGAGGACGAUUGAGGUUGGAUACUCCCUUAUGGGAUGAUAUCAGUGAUGCUGCUAAAGAUCUAGUGCGGCGGAUGUUGAACAUUGAUCAUACUCAGAGAAUUAAUAUACAAGAAGUCCUCAAUCACCGUUGGAUAAAGGACCGUGAACAUCAAAACCGUAUCCACUUGGCUGGAACAGUGGAGGAACUGAAGAAGUUCAAUAGUCGACGGCGGCUUCGCGCUGCUACACUGGCAGCUGCAGCAGCUGAUGAUGAAGAAGAUGAGGAACAACCCGCGCGCCGCGCUGUCAUGCUUGAAGAGGCUAAUGCUGCAGCUGUAAAUCUGAUUGUUGAGUCUCUGGACGAUGUCGCGGUGCUGCAAGAUGGUCCAACACUGAUGGAUGUCGAUCUGUUUCUCAGCGUUCUCGAUGAUUUGCAACUACGAGCUCUUUUGGAGAUCUACGACCGCAUAGCGAGCACGGUGGUGGUGACGAGCGGUCGCGCGCCGGCGGCGGAGGGGCGCGCGCGCUGCCGCCAGGCGCUGGAGGCGGCCACGCGCCUGCGCCACGCCGGGCCCGCGCCCGCCGCCGCCACGCCCGCCACCGCCGCCGCCAUACACGAGAUACGACGUCUGCUCGCGCUGCCGCAUAUUAAGGCCCUACUCCAGGCGCACGAUGUGGUGGCCCGAGAAGUGUACGGCGAGGAGUCUCUGCGGGCGUCACCGCCGCCAGUCAAUGGCCGUACCACGGCGCCGCCACCCGAAGACGAGGACGAUACAGAGCCCGAGUUCGAGAACGUGACCAGGGUCCGCCUCGUGCAGUUCCAGAAAAACACCGACGAACCCAUGGGCAUCACACUAAAAUUAGCUGACGACGGACGAUGCAUCGUAGCCCGCAUCAUGCACGGAGGGAUGAUACACAGACAGGCGACUUUACAUGUCGGCGAUGAGAUAAAAGAGAUCAACGGGACGCCCGUCGCCAACCAGUCCGUAGCUCAACUGCAGAGAAUGCUGCGAGAAGCUCGUGGAUCGGUGACAUUUAAGAUCGUGCCCUCAUAUCGCUCAGCGCCGCCACCCUGCGAGCUUUUCCGGAUAAAGCCUUCGCCCGUGCUAAUUUUCGUGAGAGCGCAAUUUGAUUACGAUCCAUUAGAAGAUGAAUUGAUUCCGUGCGCUCAGGCUGGCAUCGCUUUCAAUACCGGUGAUAUUCUGCAGAUCAUCAGCAAAGAUGAUUCCCACUGGUGGCAAGCUCGUAAAGACGCGUCUGGUGGUUCAGCUGGUCUCAUUCCUAGCCCUGAACUCCAAGAAUGGAGAGCAGCAUGCGCUGCCGCAGAAAGAUCCAACACCGAUCAAGUGAACUGUUCCAUAUUUGGACGAAAGAAAAAGCAGUCCAAAGACAAAUAUCUAGCGAAACACAACGCUGUGUUUGACCAACUCGACGUUGUUACUUAUGAAGAAGUUGUAAAGUUGCCAUCGUUCCAAAGAAAGACUAUCGUCUUGUUGGGCGCCCAUGGUGUUGGUCGACGACACAUAAAGAAUACUCUCAUUGCGCGACACCCGGACCAAUAUGCUUAUCCUAUACCUCAUACUACGAGACCACCGCGAACCGAUGAAGAAAACGGCCGGCACUAUUACUUCGUUACCCACGAAGAAAUGAUGGCUGAUAUUGCGGCUAACGAAUAUUUGGAAUAUGGUACUCACGAAGACGCGAUGUAUGGCACCAAGUUGGAGACAAUUCGUCGUAUACAUUCUGAGCGUCGCAUUGCCAUAUUGGACGUGGAACCGCAGGCUCUGAAGAUUUUGCGCACUGCAGAGUUUGCGCCCUACGUGGUCUUUAUAGCCGCGCCUCCGCUCAAUAAUGUUGCUGAUUACGACGGCUCCCUAGAAGUGUUAGUCCGCGAAUCAGAACAGCUCCGCCGUACCUACGGUCACUAUUUCGACUUGACGAUCGUCAACAAUGACAUCGAUGACACUCUCUCUCAACUGGAGUCGGCCCUUGUACGACUUCGAUCCACGCCCCAAUGGGUCCCAGUUUCAUGGGUCUACUGACAAUCUGACGACGAAUCUCCGUAAGAUCAACUAAGGAAUACUGGACUUUUGAUCAGUUUCAGACUCAUUUUCUUACUAAUCUGUUUUUAUUACGGAUUGACUCUUGGGCUUCCUAAAGGAAUCUUCUUCUGAACAAUUUAUCCUUAAGAAUGUUAAGUCUUUUAUUCAAUUCACAUUUAAAGAUUUUUGAAUGACAUUUCUAUAGUAUAGUAUAAGAUUCGAUUUUGAUUCUAAAAUGCACUGAUAUCGUUACCAAUAAAGUCCAUAUUCCUUAAUCUUACUCUGAUGAAUGUACUAAACUUUUGAACCAAAGACCACUUUGAAUUGACACCAAAAUAUCACAAACGACGCGAAGGUCGCUCUGGCCUUUUAGACUAUAAAAAUUAGAACACGUAAUAUGUUCCAUUAAGUCUAUCUGAUAAUUAAUUAUUUAAUUUCACAUCACUACUUCACAGACAUGCGACACUAGUAUGAGUACGUUGCUAUCCUAUUUUGAAUAGAGCAAUAUCUUACUAAUAAGAAAAAUUAACAUUCUCGAUUAUUUACUGUGGCUACACAGAUUAUAGCUCAAUGGAUCUGAAUUAUCUCCAAUAAGCAUCUAGCGGAAAUAAUCGUGCAUAUCUUUGGUAUUGCCAGAUUAGCCUCCGCUUGGGUUGCCAUUAUUUUAAUGGAGUAAUUUAGAUCAACUUAAAAAAGACUUACAAAGUAAGCUUAAAUGUCACAAAAGAGUUGACAACUCUGCGCUUGUUACUUUAAUAAAGAUAUUAUCUGCAAUUUUAUUAAAAGACCUCAGUUUAUAUUGUUUACUUAAAUCAAGUAUUAAUUUCAAUAAUUGUGAUAGAUAUUAUUGUUUAAAUUAAGUACUCUUAAUAUACUACACAGUAUACUUUAUUACGAGAAACACAAAGUCUAAUAUUGCGCUUGCAUUGUUGAUUUGGUGCAUGUUAGCUCAAUUUUACUAUUACGUGCCAAAUAUAAUACAACUUGAACAUUUUCGAGAAUAUUCGAUCACCUGCACAUGACACACCACGAUUUUUGGAACCAUGUACAUAAAUAAUAUAUACAUUAGUACAUAAUCUAUAUUAACGAAAAAAAAAACUAAUUCCUUAGAAAUGUACCGUAGCUCAAAAUGUUUACUUCGACAUUUAAACUUAAGAUCUAUUCUACCUUUAGUAAACUAUUGUAAAAUCUUGUCGUUUUCCAACUAAAGAAAUUGUAUUUAAUUGCACUGGGUGAUAGUUUAAAAUAAUCGUCUAAAUGGCAAUGCAAAUGGUAAAAAAAUCGACUAAAAAUUUUAGAAUUAGCACAUCGCUUUUAUUGUACCAGAAUUGUAAAUAAAAAGCGAUUCUAUAAAUGCGUUAUAAAAAGUACAAAAUAGACCCUGUACAAUUCCCAUUCAAAAUAGAGCGAUUAAUUGCCAGAGAUAAAAAUAAUUAUUUUGCUAAAUGACUUAGAACUUUCUAGAUUUUGUCACCAGCCAUAUUGAGACGCGCGAACUAUCCAACACAGUGUCCCUGUAUUCGUUAGUUGGAAACCGGUCUUUUGACUAUAUCACAGGAUUUAGAAUUCACAGGGUUGCAAGAAUCAUUAAUUAAUAGUCGAUUUUGUUUUUCAUUAAUAAUUUGUACUUUAUUUUUUUUUUGUAUUCGUACUUAUUGCUUUUAUUGUAAGCGUUUCUUGCGAUUGCUCUUAAAGUAAGUGUUUGGUUUUAAAUGGUGCCAUAGAAAUAUUUCUAACAAUGGAUUGAAGCUAUAGAGUUAUUCUCACCAUGUUAUACAUUAUAGUAAUCGAUCCAAAAUGUUGGUUGGA